GCUCUCGAACUCUGACCGCGCCCUCGAGGCUCAGCGGCUCGCGCGGCGGAGAAGGAGGGAGUGCGCGCCUCGUGAGGAGGCACCAACGGUCUGUUCUCACAGGAAAAAACUAGAAUAUUUCAGCUCAUACAUGGCGAAAUUUGUUUUGCUCGACGUCCAGGCACAUAUCCAUUCCGGACCGCGGCUCUGACAACGACAGGCGACACGAAUAUCUGCAGCUCUCAGAGGUUGGAGUUUACCGAGGGUUUUCGUAGCAGUUUCGUGAUUGGAGGCGCGCGAGUGCCGGUGUCGUCGUCUCCGCGGGUGCCGUUUCGUGCUUUCCGGUGGCAACUGACAAUUACCCCUGUUUCCGAAGACCAGAAGGCCUGUUCUAUCGCCCUCCUGUCCGGUUCACCCGGUGUCCCUGUCAGCGCCGGGCCGCCUGCACACUCACCCCGGCGCGGCCUCGCUCCUUCUCAAGCCCCGGCGACGACGACACAGCUACCUCCCCGGUAGAACCCGUUACCCACACUCCUCUAAAACACCUGCUGUGUUUACAACGACCAAACAAAACAGAGAAUACUUGGAGAAAAAACUGAGCAGAGAGACGGGACCCGUGCGCUGGUGAUAUAGACAGACGGAGCUGUCAUACACCAACAUAUCAGCAGUUCUCUGAAUUUACAUAACGUUAUAUUAAGUUUAUUCUUUCACGGGACUGGCUUAUUCUCUUGUGCAUAUCCGUUAUUAAGGUAUUAGACAACAAAACGUCGCAUAUAGAAACUAAACACGCUUUGUGCAAAGUCAAGGCCUCGUCUGCUAACUCGGAUAGCUGCAUCGCUAACUCUCAGCCUGGGUUUAAUCAGCUUCUAAUCUUAUUAACUGCACUUUUGGACUCGUACAUCGCUUUCUUUGUACCAUACGACACAAUAGAAGAGUGAUUUUAAUUUAAAGUCGCUGGUUCAACGCACAGUACAGUAUCCUUGCCAAGAGAUCUGUUGAGCAGCAGGAGGAAACCCAGCUGUCAGCCUUUAUAAUCAACUACUCGGCCUGUUUAAUUCCCACCUUGGGAAACAAAAACCGAAGAAUCUUAUGUGUUGGGCUGGUUUCAGCUGACCUUUGCUACCUAAAUUAACUAAGUCCCUCGCGAGAUUUCUUGCGCUGCAACCCCGCUGCAUGCACUGAUACGGGAAAGACUUGAUUUAUAUUUUUGUACCAUAGUUCAGGAGCCAUUUAGAACAGGGUCAGAUAUCUGCACAAACCCCCUACUACUGUUUAGACAUGAGUAUCGAGAUUCCAGUCGGUCUGACGGAGCUGCUUCAAGGCUACACCGUGGAGGUGCUGCGCCAGAGGCCGCCGGACCUGGUGGAGUUUGCCGUGCAGUAUUUCACCCGCCUGCGGGACACCAGGAGCCAGGACGGGUCCGUGGCCGCCUCCGCCGCCAAAACCGGGGGGAAGGGUGUGAUGUUUGAUGGCGAGCCGAUGCAAACCGAGUCGAACGGCGACGAGGAUGACGAGGACGAUGACUCAGAUUUUGAGCCUCCUCCCCCCAGCAGAUUUAACCGGAGAGUGUCGGUGUGUGCGGAGGCCUUUAACCCUGAUGAUGAUGAGGAAGACUCUGAGCCGAGAGUUGUCCAUCCAAAAACAGAUGAUCAGCGUUGUAGAUUACAGGAGGCCUGCAAGGACAUUCUGCUGUUCAAGGCUCUUGAUCAGGAGCAGUUUUCAGAGGUGCUGGACGCCAUGUUUGAGGUUCUUGUGCAGCCACAAGAUCACGUCAUUGAUCAGGGAGAUGAUGGAGAUAACUUUUAUGUAAUUGAGAGGGGUGUGUAUGAUAUUGUGGUACAGAAGGAUGGUGUGGGCUGCUGUGUGGGUCAGUAUAAUAAUAAGGGCAGUUUUGGAGAACUGGCCCUCAUGUACAACACUCCACGUGCUGCAACCAUCAUUGCUAAAGAGGAGGGAGCCCUCUGGGGACUGGAUCGGGCAACGUUCCGAAGACUCGUAGUGAAGAACAAUGCGAAGAAGAGAAGGAUGUAUGAAUGCUUUAUCGAGUCUGUCCCACUACUCAAAUCGCUAGAGAUUUCUGAGCGGAUGAAGAUUGUUGAUGUGCUGGGUGUAAAAUCAUUUCAGGAUGGAGAGCGGAUCAUUAUGCAGGGCGAUAAGGCUGAUUGCUUCUACGUUGUGGAGUCUGGAGAGGUGAAGAUUAUGAUGAAGAGCAAAACAAAAGCAGACAGACAGGAUAACGCUGAGGUGGAGAUCGCUCGCUGCAGUAGAGGGCAGUAUUUCGGAGAACUUGCUCUCGUUACUAAUAAACCGCGUGCUGCCUCAGCCUAUGCUAUAGGGGACAUCAAAUGCUUGGUGAUCGACAUACAAGCCUUCGAGCGUUUGCUGGGGCCCUGCAAAGAGAUCAUGAAGAGGAAUAUCGCCCACUAUGAGGAGCAGCUGGUGGCUCUGUUUGGAUCCAGUGUGGACCUGAGGGACUGAGACAGACUGGCCGUGCCUUUCACACACACACACACACACACACACUAUACAACACGACACAUAGGUUAUACACUCCCAAAACAUUUUGUAGGCACACAUUCCUUUUUAUGUGCACUCAUUCUUCAGCCAACACACUCACUCUUUCAAAUCAUACCUCACACACACACACACACACACGCCUGAUGUCAUUGCGUCAGCUGCUCAGUACGAAAUAGAAACAUUACCAGCUCAACUGCUGUGACCCUGAACCAACCACAGCCUGGAAAGGACAUACGCGCACACACACAAACACACACAUUCACUUACACCAAAAAUUCCCAGCCAAGGACCCAUCCUUUCUCAUGGUCACUUGCAGUCACAACAAAGAAAAGAGAAAAAGAGACAAGAUAAAAGAAUAUAUGUUUAAACAAGAAAAAAGUUGAUAUCUUUCAAUAAAAAAAUUCAAAAAAUCGUAAAAAUUUAACAUUUUAGAGCAUUUUAUGAUAAUGCAAAGCUUUGAUAAACUUGUUUAAAUAUGACCUGUUUCCUUUCCCUGCUGUUGAUGCAUAAAAGUUUUUGGUGGUAUCCACAGUGACAGAUUUUUCUCACUUAAAACUCCACAUGUUGUAUUGAUUAAUGUAUUACUAUUAUUAUCAUUAUUAUUAUUAUUACAUAUUAUUUUUGUUGAAGGUUGACCCGCUGUUACACCACCCCCUAAUUGGAGGAUGCGAGGCCGAAUCUAGUGCAAAUUUUCCCUUUAGUCUUUCUGAAUGAGUCGUCCUGAAAAAUAAAGCAGACAUUUUGGUAACCUGCUGGGACUCUUAUGUUGCGUGUGCGUGUGCGUGUGCGUGUGCGUGUGUGUGUGUGUGUGUGUGUUGGAAGGUGCAGUCUGUAAUUACAGGAACAGUGCCAUUUAAAUGUCAGGAAUUAGUUUUGUGUUUGUAAUCUUUUGAAUGGAGACACCAGUGUUUUGGAAUGGAGUGUUAUUUUUUCCCCCCCUUUAGGGCGUUAGUUGGCUAUUAGUUGGUUAUCAUCAUUGAGGGUUGGCUAGUUUCAGCAUUUACUGAUUGUACUUUUAAUAAACUUUGGAUAAAUCAG